AGACAUUUCAUGGAGUCUGCUGUCGUUGAUUGGGGCUAUUGGCUCGGCGUUUUUUAAAUUAUUAUUUUCGUGUUGAUUUGUUGAUGACACUAAAAACCGAAAAUGCGAAAAGCGAGAAAGCCUUGCCAAUAUGGUGAAGACUGCUAUCGGAAAAAUCCAAACCAUUUCGCGGAAUAUUCUCAUCCACAUUUAGAGAAGAUAUUGUCGAAAGGCAAAGAUAAGACAACAAGGACGUACACUAUUCCCAGCGAUCUUUUUCUUUCGAAGGAUGUGAUCAUGGAGCAGCUGCAGAUCCUCGAGAAACUUAAUUUGAACGAUACUAGCCAGCCACGAAAAGUAGCGAAUGAGGAGAGUAGCAAACAACAGCCCAAGGAAAAAGAAGCUCCCCCAAAGAAUACUCACGAACAACAACAAAGUGAGAGGCAGAAGCCCCUGCCUGGGCCAUCCGCUUCUUCAUCGCGAUCAGAAAGUAGCUCAACAUCCUCGUCCAACCACCAUUUGGAGACCAGAGAGCAACGAAGGUCAAGAAGCCGGAGUCCAAUCCAAAGCAAUGCCAGCUCGUCACAGACAUCACAGGCUGAUGGCUCCCGCUUGUCUAAAAAACCUCGCAUUGACAAAAACAUCCACGACUACAUCUCCGUCGUGCUUCCGAAAGGUCAGAUGGCGAAGAAACUUGAGAAAGCGGCUCCGUACAACUUCUUCCUCACCACAAUUACCGAUUCGAAGCCCACCCACAACGAGCCGCUCUCGAUAACUUUGCAAGAAAUUUUGGAUCAAAGUCUCGGCGAGUUGGAAUCGUCUGUUCAAAUCAAUUUCAUGGUUGACAUUGGGUGGCUGCUGGGGCAUUACUACUUUGCCGGGUGUUUAGAUACUCCACUCCUCGUCCUCUAUGGCGACGAGACGCCGGAACUGCGGACAAUUUCACAGCACAAACCGCAAGUUACCGCUGUGAAAGUUCAAAUGAACGGCGCCUUUGCGAUCCACCACACGAAGAUGAUGUUGCUCGGUUACAAGGACGGGUCGAUGCGCGUCGUAGUCUCUACUGCGAAUCUCUACGAGGACGAUUGGCAUAAUCGGACCCAGGGGCUGUGGAUCAGUCCAACACUGAAGCCUUUGCCGGAGAAUGUGGACACCGCGACGGGCGAGAGUCCAACGGGAUUCCGUAAUGAUCUCAUGUUGUACUUGGUGGAGUACAAGAUUUCGAAGUUGCAGCCGUGGAUAGCGCGGAUUCGGAAAACGGAUUUCAGUAGUGUCAACGUAUUCCUGGUAGCAUCCGCUUCUGGAGGUUUCCGCGAAACUCCACGAGGGCAUCCGUGGGGCCAUGCUCGCCUCGGAUCGCUCCUAAGCAAACACUGCCCUCAAAUUGACGAAACAUGUCCAGUAAUCGCUCAAAGUUCGAGCAUCGGCAGUUUAGGUCCAACUGCCCAAAAUUGGAUUUACAAUGACUUCGUGAACAGCUUACGUCGAGACACGGCUCCACUCGGAAUCCGUCGCAUGCCACCCUUCAAAAUGAUCUAUCCGAGUUUUGAGAAUGUAAAAAACAGCCACGAUGGAAUGCUGGGCGGCGGCUGCUUGCCGUACAGUCAGAAGAACAACGAAAAGCAACCGUGGCUAAAGGCGCAUUUGCAUCAAUGGAAGGCAAAAGGACGACAUCGCGACCGUGCCAUGCCGCACAUCAAAACGUAUUUCAGGUAUUCAGAGAAAGGCUUGCACUGGUUUGUCUUGACAUCAGCGAAUUUGUCGAAGGCGGCAUGGGGAGCUUUCAACAAAAAUGUGAAGAUCGAACCGGUGCUCAGGAUUUUCAAUUAUGAGGCGGGCGUACUGUUUUUGCCGAAAUUCGUGAUUGGAAAGGACGUUUUUCCGCUGGAUAAGGUUAGGGAUGGCGAUCCACCUUUUCCCAUGCCACAUGAUUUGCCGCCAACGCCGUAUGCAUCUGAUGAUUUCCCAUUCGUGAUGGAUUUUCUCGUUAGCUAGUGUUUACGGAAUGUGAAUGUCAUUUGAUAUAUUUAGGAUCAUUUGUUUAAUAAAGUCUAAUCGUUUUGCAAAAUUUGA